GGAGACACGAGUUACAUCGGAUUAGCAAGUUCUUUUAAACGAUAUAAGGAAAACCAUUGAGCAAAGUGAGAUGAAGCCACAAUUUGCCAAGUGGAAAUUUUUCCAUUCAUUUGCCAUCAGUGUGCUGCUGUUGGCUUUGUAUCCCACUGCUGCUGUUGCCAGCAUGAAUGAAGAGCUGGCUAAAUGUCUGGAAGAUGACGAUAAUUAUCAGCUCAUGGACACAGUGAAGACUGGCCUUCCUCAGAUCAAGAAGUCUCAUCAUGUUAUUAUUGUUGGGGCUGGGAUCGCUGGGCUGACGGCUGCCAAGCUAUUGGAAGGUGCAGGACACAAGGUAACCAUCAUAGAAGCUAGUCCUCGUGUGGGAGGAAGGGUGGAGACCUACAGGGAUGAAGAAAAUGGCUGGUAUGCUGAUUUGGGUGCAAUGAGGAUACCGAGUAACCACCAGAUCAUCCGCUGGUACAUCAAAGAAAUGGGGCUCAAGCUGAAUCCAUUCAUCAUGUAUGACUCCAACACUUUUUACUUGGUUAAUGAACGGAACAGGACGAGGACAUACGCAGUGACAGCAAACCCCGACAUCCUGAAUUAUAAACUGCCAGAGAGGGAGAGGGGGAAAUCAGCUGACGAACUGUUGUGGCAGGCUUUGCAGAAGGUGAGAGACGAAAUUAAAGCCCAUGGAUGCAAAGCUGCAUUUAAGAAAUAUGACCAUUAUUCAGUAAAGGAGUACCUGAAAGAGGAAGGUGGUUUAAGUCCAGAGGCAGUGGUUAUGAUUGCAGAGUUACUGAAUGAACAGAGCAUGAUGCAUCUGGCUCUGACUGAGAUGCUCUACGUCGAGAAUGAUGUCAGCGAUAGCACAACGUAUGAUGAAAUAACUGGUGGGACAGAUCUCCUCCCCAAAGCUUUUCUCUCUUUCAUUAAUGGCCCCAUCCUCUUCAACUCCAAAGUCAAAUUCAUCAGCCAGUCAAUUGAGGGUGUAACUGUGUCAUAUAGAAGAAAGGGCGAGUCAGCUUUGACAGACAUUACUGGUGAUGCCGUCUUAGUAACAACCACAGCCAAAGCUGCCCUCUUCCUGGAUUUCAACCCACCUCUCUCCAUCCCAAAAAUGGAGGCAUUGCGGGCUGUCCACUAUGAAUGCUCCACUAAAAUCAUCCUCACCUUCAAGAGGAAGUUCUGGGUGGACGAUGGCAUCCAUGGAGGAAAGAGUAUCACAGACCGGCCCUCUCGUUACAUCUACUACCCCAGCCACAGUUUCCCAAGAAAUCAAACAAUUGGUGUCCUCUUGGCUUCCUACACCUGGGCUGAUGACGCCCAGUUUUUACAAGGUGCGACCGAUGAAGACCUUAAAGAGCUAGCAUUAAGAGAUUUAGCAAAGAUUCAUGGUGAGCAGGUGUGGGACCUCUGCAUUGGGGUGGUGGUGAAAAGGUGGGGCAUUGAUCCAUACAGCUUGGGUGGCUUUGCGUUCUUCGCGCCAUACCAACACAUAGAGUACGCAAAGGAGCUCUUCAGAAGUGAAGGUAGGGUCCACUUUGCUGGGGAGCACACAGCUUUCCCUCAUGCUUGGAUUGAGACAUCUAUGAAAUCAGCUAUUAGAGCAGCUAAAAACAUCAACAACGCUGCACACGAGGAGUUGGCUAGAAAUCAAGAGCUCUGAAAUGUCAAAUAUGUACUCUAGGCCAAAAAGUUUUACUGAAGUAAUAUAUAACCAUUUUGUGAUAGGGUAUUUUAUUUGACAAAUGUCAAAAAGAAGAAGCUGUUUCUAAAAGGUUUUUAUUUACAGUUCUAAAUGUUGUUAAAUAGUAUUCACCCUGUUUCCAGAACAGUAAAUACUGGGUUAUGUUGCAUUUUUGUUACCGGUUGUCUGAAAUCACGUCAGACAUUUUUUACAAUUCUUAAUAAAAUUAUCCUAUUUAAAGUUAUGUUUUAUGAUAAUUUUAGUCCAUGUCUGUCCAAUUCUGUCCAGAAAUCUUGAGAAGGGGCUCAUUGAAUCCCUUCUUUUAAAGAAAAAGUCCCAACUGUGCAACCUGUAGUACUAGUAGCACUACUCUCUAGUGUUUUCUUUGCAGUUACAUAAGUUUAUAUUGACAUUUCAAGGCAGAGCUAACACUAUUUAAUACUUUCAAUUUAAAUGCACAAUACUUUAUUUAAACCCACGGGGCAAUUAAGAAGUGUGUGUGUUUUGUUUUUUUAAAUCAUUGGAACCAAGCUGUUAAAGUGUGUGAUUUAUAGCAGAGGUUCCCAAUCCCCGGGCCAUGUACCAGUACCGGUUCGUGAGUGGUUUUGUUCAGGGUGGCGAGAGUUGAGGCUGGGGUGUGAAAUGUAUGGUUUUCAGGGUUUUUAUCAUUUUUUAGCGUUGUUUUGUUA